CUUUCUCUGCAGCUCAAACGCACGAGGGAAGACGCGAAAGGUGCAGCCAGGGGAAAAAAAUGGUACAAAGAAAAUGAGAAAGGGGAGGAGAGAGGAGUGACUCCUCCUCCAGCCCCAUGCAGCUCGCAUUCCUUAUGCACAGCCCUCCAGACCAGAGAGAGAAAGACAGAAGAGGGUCCGGGAGAAGGGGAGUAUAAUGGCCAUGGCAGCAGGCAGAGCUUCUCCGCUACCCCGAGCCGAACGCCGAGCACCUCCGAGCAGCGCCUGGCCAUGGAUCACACGCACCAUAGACAGGGCACCGCUGGCUGCCGCGACGGCCGAUCCGGCGACAAAAUGAGGGUCAUCCGCGUUCAGAAAGCCGGCUUCGUGGCUGCUUUCUCGGGAGGCAGUGAGGAUGAAGGUUUCCGUUCUGUGCUUUUGAGUAUAUGAGAAUAGAUACCUUUUUUUUUUUUUUUUUUUUUUUUUACUGUAGACUGCGCAGCGUCCGGGGGAUUGCGGAGGGGACGGGACGUCAUGCUCCUGGGCGAUAAGGGGAAGAAUAAGGCUGAUUUCCACUGUGUUAAGAUGAUGCCUUUUCGCGAUCGUUAAUGUUUCUCCUGGAUCGUGUGCACACGCAGGGACGCGUCGCCCAGAAAGCCGGAGUACAGCUGGCUGAUCGUUUGAGCCGUUUCCCAAGUUGAAACCUUUAAUUUAGCCCUCGGAUAAUAGUAUAUAUGUUAUAUAGCCAUAAUUGGCUUUAAUAAAUAUUCCUAAUACUUAUGAUAAAUGAUCAUUUAUCUCGUAUACACUGAUAUUCUUUAUUUUUAUUUUUUUUAAUGCCGACAGUAAAAGUGCAGUAUUGGCCAUGAUUAGGGUUGUAAUACUCAAAUUGAGCAGCGGCAAUAACAAAAAUAAGAGACGCCAAGUGAAGUAAAUGGUACAGUGACAUUAAGUCCCGCAUAUUUAUCUCAAGCAGCGCCUUUUCGUUCUUAUUUAUUAUUUAUUUAUUUUUAUUAUUAUUAUUAUUUUUAAAUAUUCUCGCUAUCGCGACUGUGCUAAAGUAUUAAAUAUAGUGUAGCAGGACAUGUCGGGUUCCGUGAAGAUGGAGCGAGCCUGUGCGUCGCCCCGUACCGGGGACGAGCCGGUGCGCAGCCCCGUGCGAUACUGCUGCCUGGAGAAACCCUCCGAGGCACCGGCGGCCCGCGAUGGCAGGUGGGGGUCGGCCGUCAAGAAGCACAAUCACAAACACAACCUGAAACACCGUUACGAGCUGCUGGAGACCCUCGGCAAAGGGACCUACGGCAAAGUGAAGAAGGCCAUCGAGAGGCACUCGGGACGAGAGGUGGCCAUCAAGUCCAUCCGUAAAGACCGGAUCAAGGAUGAGCAGGACAUGGUGCACAUCCGCCGUGAGAUUGAGAUCAUGUCCUCGCUCAGGCAUCCUCACAUCAUUUCCAUCUAUGAAGUGUUUGAAAACAAGGACAAGAUAGUGAUCGUGAUGGAGUACGCCAGCAAGGGCGAACUGUAUGACUACAUCAGCGAGCGGCGCCGUCUGAGCGAGAGGGAAACCCGACACUUCUUCCGGCAGAUUGUCUCCGCGGUUCAUCACUGUCACAAGAACGGAGUGGUGCACAGGGAUUUGAAACUGGAAAAUGUGCUACUGGAUGAAAACUGUAAUAUAAAGAUUGCUGACUUUGGCCUUUCCAACCUCUACCACAAAGACAAGCUCCUACAGACCUUCUGUGGCAGCCCGCUCUACGCAUCGCCCGAGAUAGUCAACGGGAGACCGUACCAUGGCCCAGAGGUUGACAGCUGGGCUUUAGGCGUACUGCUGUACACCCUCGUCUAUGGGACCAUGCCGUUCGAUGGAGGCGAUCACAAGACCCUCAUCCGCCAGAUCAGCAACGGCGAGUAUCGGGAGCCCACCCAAUCGUCAGACGCCCGCGGGCUGAUCCGCUGGAUGCUGAUGGUGAACCCGGAACGGCGGGCCACGGUGGAGGACAUCGCCAACCACUGGUGGGUCAACUGGGGCUGGAGGAACAGCGUGUGCGACUGUGAGGCUCAGCGGGACGCCGGCUCUCCCAUGCUGGCUCGCCUACUGGACUGGCAGAGCCGCACCGAGCCCCGGUCGGCCAGGGCACCACGGCCCGACCCGCCGCCCUUCGCUCACCAGCGCUCCAAGAAGUCCAAGAAGGAUGGAUCGGCGCCCUCUUGUGAUGGGGAUGCUAAACCUGGUUUGAAGAGACCCAAGGGCAUCCUGAAGACCCGGCCACCUGGCGAGCAGCGUUCCAGCAGUCUGGGGGAGGUGCAGCUGGGGGCCGGGGUACUCCAGCAGGGAGCAGAAGUAUGCUCCAGUCCUGAGCGUGAGGAAGAAGACGAGGAGGAAGAGGAGGGAGAGGAGCCCACCCUGUCUGAAGGUUCACCCACCAAAAUGGCACCCACCCUCCCCAAGAAAGGCAUUCUGAAGAACAGUCAGCAACGGGAAUCAGGGUACUACUCAUCCCCCGAGCGCAGUGAGUCUGCCGAGCUGCUGGGGGGCGCCAUGCUGACCUUGUCCACGGGCUCACAACCAAAGCGGCUUGCCGGCAGGAAGGGUAUCCUCAAGCGGAACGGGAAGUACUCCACCUACAGCGGCCCGCCCCCUGCUGCCCUCUCCGCGGAGCCCCCACCCGGCGACUCGGGCCUCUCCCGCAGCCAGAGUCGCCCUUCCAGCAUCGUAGCUGAAGACAGCGGCUUAGCCGGCCCCACCUUCAGCAGGGUCGACUGGCCCCCUGCCUCCACCCGUCCCAACAUCAGGGUGUGUGUCUCAGCGGAGAACCUGCUCCAGCUGGCUGGCUUCAGGGGCCUCCAGGCAGCGUCGGGACUCCACGGGGGCAAGCUGAGCCGGGGGGGGCAGGGCUCCCCGGGCGACAACGGCAGCUUCUCCUUGCUGGGCGACCUGGACGACAUGACUCAGGUGUACCAGCAGGCGCUAGACAUCAGCAGCAGCUUGAUCUAGAGAGAAGCAAGCCUGGGGUCACGGGGGACAGUAUAUGUGUGUGUGGGUGCGAGUGACAUACAGACGACCGGUGUGUACCUGGGAUAAUCCAUGUGGCAGCGGAGGGUUGUUUUAUCGGAGUGAAGCCCACCCUGCACAGGGAUGUGGCUCGUACACGUAGAAAAACACACAGGCACAAACAUACAAACCCAGAGUUAUGUGGAAACCACACCUCAGAGAAACCCGGAGUCUCUAACACUCGUAUCCAGCAAACAAACACACAUGCACGCACCCCCGUGCCCCCGCCUGUGUCCCAGUCGUCAUCUCCAGGGCAUGUGGCCACACUAGUGACAUGCCACGCCCCUUGCCUCUUGUUGUGUCCAAAUGUUUACAUGUUGUGUAGAGGGCGUGUCGUUAAGCAGCUGGCACCCUGCCUCUCCACACCCGUCGCCAGUUACAAGUCUCCAGUUACAGGUCUCCAGUUACAGGUCGCCAGUUACAGGUCGCCAGUUACAGGUCGCCAGUCUGGGUUUACAGAAGCACCUUAAAACUCACCCAGAGCGGCAUUCCUCGCCGUCCCUACAAACCAGGGUCCCGCUUCCUCACCAUUUAUUGUUUCUUCACCCAGGAAAGGUGACACAAAGAAACUGGUAUUUGCUCACCCAGCAUCUCCAAUCCCCAUGAUUAUCGUGUAACUCGAUCAGCCUACCUUAUUUAUGACAGAGAAAAAAACCUCCACAUGUAAAACGCGAGGGCUACAUCUGACUUGAAGAGGGAAUGCAUAUCCAGUAUUUACAGACUUAGGAAUGGCAUGAGGAAUGUGUAUGACCUCUGUAGGAAGUGCCUUUUAAAUCCAUAUCUGAUUGUGUAUAUGUCAUUUCCUAAAAGUGGAGAUUGAUACCAGGUUAGUCAGUCACUGAGUGUGGUCUUCUUGAUGAAUGUUGACACCCAGGACCUAAAAAGAACUGCUAAAAUACAACCCCCCCCCCUUUCAUCAAUGAGGAGCAUCAUGGGAGAUGAAAUGGGGCUGGUCACCCUGACAUGCAAUCACGGGGUCUCCCAUGGCCCAGUUGGGUCUCAUGGCGAUGGCCUUGCAGUUCACUGGAAAGCAACAGUCAAAUUAAACUGUCGUCUGGAUCCCUUCUGAGAUUCCGAAAUUAAAUACUUUAAGGCAAAUAUAACCCCUGUCUCCCCUUAAACCCUUUUUCUUAUGGGGAGUGGCUAGAACAUUCAGAGACGCUUCUCUGGUGUUUCAUCCUCUUUCAAAGGGGUGAUUGAGAAAGAAACGUUCUCAGAUCUUGUUCUCAUUGUCUAGGGUUACUGUUUACUCUGAGAGGGAAAUAUUCCGCUGAUUACUUAACGGGCCAUAGAAACAAUUAUAGACGUGAUUGUAGGCCAAGACGCAUUUGCACUGGUGGCUGUGAUGUUGUAACGUUAGACACAGAUGGAGGUUCCUCUCUUGCCAGAGAUUUAAAUUCCUGGCCACUGUCGAGCUCUGUCAUGUGUGUACUCGUUUUAUGAGCACGUGAAAUAGUGACAUAGAUAGUGUGUUUUUUUUUUAAUUCUGAAGAAAGACAGAGGAAGGUGUAAAAUGAGAGAUAGAGUCAGAGACGUAGAUUAGUUGAAGAAUGUGGAGAAUUGGUGAUGUGUUGCCCUUUGACCCCUCUCCCCUAGAAGAGGAAUGAGAGGUGAUGAGGGCAAGCCAUGUAGGAUGUAAGUAGGAAGAUGGAGCAUGAGCGUGAUAAGCUGAAGGAGUGUGGGAAGUCUUGUUUUAGAAGCCAAAGAAGGAGAAGAGCUUUAAUGGAGGGAGCCAAUCGCUAGGAUACCAGAAAGGAGCCAAUCACAGGAGACCAGGAAGAGGCAGCCGCAGCUGUGCUGAAAUACGCCAAAGAGCAAGAAUGUACUGCUUUUAGGACCCACCCCACCCCUGUUUUCAGGGGCUUUCUCAAAAAAAGUGCAUCUGAGCUGAAGAGCUUGUGGAUCAAUUCAUAGGAGUCGGUAAAUGGGGGCCGUCACAGACUCCCAGCCAAACAGCGGCCAUCGGCGGAGCACUUAGAUGAAAUGAGCAAUGCUGCGAGAAGGUCACGCCCAAUAGGGUCCCUUCGAGGGAACCGCCUACCGCUUUGGCGCGGUGCGGGGGGGGGUGCCCCGGCGAUGGCGAUCCUAGUGGGGGUGCUUCACAAGUUGGGGAGCUACAGCGCGUUUUCCAGCAGCGUUCUUUAGUCAGUUGCCAGGGCGAUCAGCAGUGCCGUACCCGUAGACGCAGCCCGAAGAAGCAGUACCGCCCUGAAUAUUUGUGCAGUUCAGUGUGUAGCAAGGUCAUGGGUCAAAAAAUACACACUCAAGGUGACUUGUAUUUGGUUUUGUAUUGUUAUUGACAUUAUUGUUGUUGUUUAACUGGAUUUACAGUGAUGAAAUUAUACUAUGUUAGUAUUUUGAUUAAUAGCGCUUUUGUUUUUGAUUCUACAAAAUAUAGAUACUUUAUAUUGCUUUAUUUUUUAUGGCAGAAACCGAGUUAGUUCCUGAUUUUAGCUGCUGGCCAAGAAUAAAUUUUAUUCCUGCAUGAGGGUGGUAUCUGCAGUUGUGGGUGGAGCCAACUGAGAAGGGAGGGGCCAACACAUGACCACCGAGCCAAUACCCACCAGUCUCAUCUCUUGGCCUGGUGUCAUGUGACCUUGCUGGUUAAAGUACCACAUACAAGGAGCUCUGGCUAUCAUGUGACUGCGACAUACGACAGUGACAGGUACAGAGAGAGAAAAAUCACGCUAACUUGCUUUCUGCCAUACUGGAAAUAACAGGUGCAUGUUCUGUAGGAGGAAGUGUAAUAUUAGGAGAACUUGACUGGAUAUUGCUAUGGUAACAAUAGUAAUAAUAUGAUAUUUAAGUAUUCUUUUUUUUUUUUUGUUACAGUUCAUUACUAUUGUCGUUAAUGACAUGAUUAUUAUUUUUGGUAAUAAUUUGUAAACCUGGACUGCUAAGGUGCUUUCUGAAUAAUUCCUUUGCUAUCAGUAUGAUCAUGUUUAGGUAUAAUAAUCAGAAUUAUUAUCAUUGUUUUGUAUGUUUUUUUUUUUAUUUAUAGAUGGUAAAGCCAUUUAACAUGGCGCAUAGCUACUCUGUCCACGCUACAACUCGAGGCCAUGUGGAGGGAUGUGGCAGAAUCGAUAGGGGUCGUCGUGAUACACAGUGCUUUAGUUGUGUUGUAAUAGCCUCGGCCUCCUUGUCAGCCAGUUAUGAUAUGGUGCUGCAAUAGCCUUGAUCAUUGUGUAACUUUACAGUGAUUAGGAUGUCCUUCUGUUCCCUGGGUUCUUCGCUGGAAAUCACGGAAUGAGAGCCUGCAUACUCCCGUCUUUCUACCCUGACGAUGCCACUGUAGUACUGAUUCAAAUAAACUGAUCAUUUUU